AUUGAUAGAGGUCACCGUUUCAGUAUUCGCAAAUUGAAAUUUGCAAACCUAUGUUUUCUUGAUUGCUAUUGCAAUUAAUAAUAAUAGAUAAUACCCUAGAUAAAGUAGAAAAACGCUAUUUCGUGAGCGUGUUUCGGUGUGUUGGGUCGUGUUUAUUAUAACAAUAUGGGUUCUAGAUUUCAAGUUGUUGAACAAGGGCCGCCAAUCGAAGUUUUUCAACUUAACAAACUUUUUACUGAAGAUACAUUCAAAAAUAAAGUCAAUCUUGGUGUAGGAGCCUACAGAGAUGAAAAUGGCAAGCCCUGGGUACUGCCUAUUGUCCGCAAAAUGGAGAAGAAAAUGGCUGAUGAUGACACCCUUCUUCACGAGUACCUUCCUGUAUUAGGUUUGGAGAAUUUCAGCAACUCAUCCGUUUCUAUGCUUCUCGGAGAAGAUAACCCCGUCAUAACUGAAGGCCGAGCUUUCGGUGUACAAACGCUGUCAGGCACAGGCAGUUUGCGGGUCGGAGCUGAACUCCUCAACAAGCAUCUAAAGUACACCAACUUCUACUAUUCCAGUCCUACGUGGGAAAACCAUCAUCUAGUGUUCGUGAACUCCGGUUUCACUCAACCUCGCACUUACCGCUAUUGGGACGAGAAAGCUCGGGCUAUCGACUUCGAUGGCCUCAUCGAGGAUCUGUCGAAAGCUCCUGAGAACUCCGUGGUUAUACUCCACGCCUGCGCUCAUAAUCCCACGGGCAUCGACCCUACGCAGGAGCAAUGGCAGAAGAUUGCGGAUGUUAUGGAGGAGCGCAAACUGUUCCCGUUCUUCGACAGCGCGUACCAAGGAUUCGCUACGGGAGACCUGGACAGGGACGCCUGGGCGGUACGACACUUCGUCAAACGCGGCUUUGAACUCGUCUGCGCACAGUCCUACGCCAAGAAUUUCGGAUUGUACAACGAGCGUGUGGGCAACCUGACGAUCGUGCUCUCCGAUAAAGCGCACGUCGCUCCGCUGAAGUCGCAACUGACAUGGAUCGUGCGCGGCAUGUACUCUAACCCGCCGGCGCACGGAGCACGCGUAGUCGCAAACGUGCUUGGCGAUGAAAAGCUUUUUGACGAAUGGAGGGGUCACAUCAAAUUAAUGUCGUCACGAGUGAUCGAAAUGAGGGAAGCCUUGAGAGCUCAACUAAUAAAAUUAGGCACGCCGGGCAACUGGGACCACAUCGUCAAGCAAAUCGGUUUAUUCUCCUACACGGGCCUCACCCCCCGGCAGUGUGAGCACCUGAUACAGGAGCACCACAUUUACCUGCUGCGCUCCGGGAGGAUCAACAUCUGCGGCCUUAACCCCGGGAACGUGGAGUACGUCGCCAGGGCAAUCAACGAUGCCAUCGUCAAGUUCCCGGCUAAAGAUGAUGAUUCAAGGGCAAAGUUAUAGCAACGGGAGUGUAAAGGCAACGUUCAUGAGAGCGGUACGAAACAAGUUUUAAAUGGUUGUUUGGGACAAUUUGGUGAUUGGUUUUAUGUUUUUCUUACCGUUACUGUAACUUUGUGAACUCUAUAUAUAAGAUUUGUUGACUUUAAAACUUUUUCGUCUUAUCUCAUAUAAAUAGAAUGAGAAAAUAGUAGACAUAAUUGUGUAGUGGUGUGCAUAGCUCUACAUAUACAUAAUUAGUUUGAUCCGAUCAGCGUAUCCGUAUCCUUACUGCUUAGUGCGAGAUCUGCCUAUUUUCGAUCGCGCAUGAGUUGACUACGAUUUAUACGGAAUCGCAUGAGCGCCAUCUAGUUAUUAUACUGGGAAAAGUAUUGUCAGGUAUUACAACUGAGAAUAUGCGGUCUCGAUACUUAGCUCUGAUACGAUAGGCGAUACGUUGCGAUUUUUUUCCUAGGUUUUUGUUUGAUUAUCGAUAGGAAAGAUGUCACAAAACUGGCAUUAUAUACGAAGAGCUAUAUAGUGAUCGGAUUCAGCAGAUAAUACAUAUCUGGAAUUAACUAAUGGCCUUAUGAUCGACAUGCUACCCACUAGGGCAUUGAGUCGUAACCGUGAAU